AUGUCGGUGGAUAAAAUCUUACAACCAUUACUAAUUAGAUAUGCCACAAGCUUUGGAGGAUCUUACAUAGAUAUAAGAAAGAAGCGUUUAAUUGUCAAUACAAUAGACCAUGGGAAGGUCAACGAGAUAAAAUCUCGAAUGAGAGAAAAUAGCAAGUUUUUAUCUUUUGAAAAUGCAAUUUAUGGUAAAUCCAUGCAUAAUUUAAAGGUCUCAUUUGAUGGGAUAGUCAAACUAGCUAUAGAUUAUUUAAAAAAUAAUGAUAGUGAACUAAACGCCAACAUUUACAUUGAUAUAAAGGAAAAUAAUGUCGUUGUAAUCUUAGGAGAAUAUGAUAAUAUAAACAAUCAAACAUUUAUAUCUUCCCUCAUGAGAUAUAACCCGCUUAUAAAAAUUUUUUCAAAACACCAAUCUGAUCCAAAUAUUUCUAAACGUCAAAGUAAAAUCGGCAGACGUGACAUAUCUAAAAGGAUUUUUAGUGGCGAUGGUUUAUAUAAUGGAGUUGGUGAGUUUGAAUGUUCAGCUGGCUUUUGGGUAAAAAAUCGAGAUCUUAUAGAUUAUAUUGUGACUGCUGGUCAUUGUGUUAUGAAUUCUAAUACUCGUAAAUCAAACGACUUUUAUCAUUAUCCAUGGGAUGCAGCAUCAAAUAAAACAUUAAAUUAUAUUGGGGAAUCUGUAUUUUCUAAUUUAGAACCAUAUGAUUUUGCUUUAAUCCAAGUUUUCGGCAAUGAUUCCAAACUAUCAAUGAAUGAAGUAAAGAACAUAGAUUAUAUCCGUUUCCCACAAUUAUUUAUAACUAAAACUCUGCCUGUAUCUAGUUAUGGUAUUCAUAUAUGUAAAGCUGGUUUCACUACACAUCUUACUUGUGGGUAUGUAAAGGGGAAUAACGGGAUUGCUAUAUUGAAUGGUAAGAUUCUGAGGACAUUAAUAAUUACAGACGUGCGUUUAGAAGGUGGCGAUAGUGGAGGAAGUGCAUUUUCUUUUGCACAAGAUUUGCGUUCAGUAGAAUUACUUGGUAUAGCCAUCGGAAGUAGUCCUUUAGCAACUGCUGUUUUACCAGUAGAUAUUAUUCUCAGAUCAUUGGAAAUACCAUACAGAUUUUCGUCACUUGGGUUUGAACCUUCAUUUCAGCGAAAGCAACGUUCGUCAUUAUUGAAAUUAGAUGGCAAGAGAUUUAUGCGAUGGGGCUACAGAGGUGAUGCUUAA